CCCACUCUCCCACAUUCCCUCUUGUUUGGACAUAUUCCAAUUCUCCUCAAGUUCCGGAAGCAUCACCCUGAAGAUGUCCAUUUCGGCAUCAUCAUGAAAUGGCUUGUAGAUAACUGCAACCAGUGGAUUCCAGACUUGAAACGCCCUCCUCCAGUGCUGUACCUUGACAUAUGGCCCGUCUUCCCGGACGUCAUGAUGAUGGUCUUUGACGGCAGCAUGUCGGCGCAGUUUACGCAGGCUAGAAGCUUGCCUAAGCACCAUAUUACUCGGACGUUCCUUGAGCCGUUGACGGAUAACCUCGACAUGACCUCUGCUGACGGCAGUCAGUCGAAGGUGUGGAGGUCGCGGUUCAACCCGAGCUUCAGUCCGAGAAACAUCACCAUGCUCAUUCCCGAGCUCAUCGAUGAGAUCAUGGUCUUCAAAGACUUGCUUGGGAAAAUGGCUGGGCCAAGCGGACAAUGGGGUGACGUCUUUCAGCUGGAGGAGCGCACCACAAGCCUUACUUUCGACGUAAUUCUUCGUGCAACAAUGGAUGAAAGACUGCAUGAGCAGAUAAAUGCACAGGGCAGUCCACUCAAGCAAGCCCUCAUCAGCCAGAUACGAUUGAUGAGCAAAGUCCUCGGCGUGAACCGCAUCCUAGGCAUCAAACGAUGGCCGUGGGAAGCCUGGACCAGACAACGCAACAACGAAGCAUUACGCAAGGCUCUGCUGGGCCGCGUGGAAGCCAUCAUAAAGUCACCUCAUCUCGCUGAUGCUGUCAGCGAGAAGAAGACUAUCCUAAACAUAGCUCUGAGUCGCACGCUUGCCGAAACCGGCGGCGAAACUCCCGAUCAACGGUCAGUCGAUGCCAUUCUAGCUAAUCUCAAGCUUUUCUUGUUUGCGGGCCACGAUACGACAUCGUCAACCAUCUGCUGGAUGUUCAAGCUACUCCAGGACAACCCCAACUGCCUCGCCAAGCUCCGCGAAGAGCUUAACAGUGUUCUUGGAGAAGACGUCACCCAAGCUGCCAGUUUAUUACGGGACUCGCCUCAGCUUCUGAACAAUCUAGUGUACACCAAUGGCGUCGUCAAAGAAGCUCUCCGCUUCUACCCGCUCGCAUCAACUGUGCGCCAGGGCGAAAGAGAUUUCUUCCUCGCUGUGUCCGGGUCUGAUAUGAGAUACCCGACGGAGGGCACCGCCAUCCAUGACGUGCCGUCCGUCAUUCAGCUUGACGAACACGUUUGGCCGCGCGCAAACGAGUUUCUCCCGGAACGCUGGAUCGCGGCCCAAGGCGACCCUAUGCACCCCAACAAGGAUGCCUGGAGGCCGUUCUCCAUGGGGCCGAGGAAUUGCAUCGGACAAGAGCUGGCCAUGGUGGAAAUAAAAUUGGUGGCUGCAUUAGUGUGCAGGGAAUUUGACAUCCAAGAGGCUUGGGACAAGUGGGAUAUGAAACAAGGAUCGAUGAAACCCAAAGAGACGGUUGAUGGACAGAGACUCUAUGGAUGUGGGCAAACUGUCCAACAUCCAAAAGACGGAAUGCCGGUGCAUGUCAGACGACUUUAUGCUUGAAUAAACAUUGCUUCACGUAA